UCCACAACUCCCGCCGCCACGCACCGCCAGCGCCACCGCCCCCGGCCCGCCAGCGCCCACGCCGCCUAGGCCGGCCGCUGUCCAGGUCCACGCCCGUACACCAGCCGCAGGGCUGUGAACAGGGCCAGACCGCGGGUAGGCGCGCGACCAGCAGCGGCCUCCUCCGCGACCAAUGUGGAGCAGAGCACGUCUGACGAGACAGGCUGCGCACUCGUGCAGGAGCUCCUCGAGACGUGCCCAGCGGCGGCCGACAAGCAGUCGCCGUGGCACCGCGCCGAUAUGCCCCAAGAGGAGGAGGAGGAGGAGGAGGAGGAGGAGGAGGAGGAGGAGGAGGAGGAGGAGAAGGAGGGGAGCGCUGGCUCGUGCAUCGAGCAGUUCACGGCGGCUGGCGGCAUCGGCAUGGCAGAAUCGAGGAAGGUCGGCUUCGCGGCGAAGGCCCGCCAGAAGCAGGGUGGCAACGGCACGGUGCACAUCAUCGAAACGUUUCGCGACGAUGGCGUCCUGCUCACUGUCUCGGCGGGCGGCCAACGCGAGGUGGACGAGAACGUCAGUUCCAGACCAAUCAAGAGGAACCACCUCAAAGGACGAGGACAGGACGAGCAUGGCCGUCACGCCAGACAAGCUCCUCGAAAGCUACAAGGAACGCAACGUCUUUCGCUCAUCCUCCCAGCAGCCUGGGAAAUCGGUUCGAUUCGAGCCGGAGAAGCCGGAAAGACACCUGUCUAG